AUGAGGCGGGAGGCGGGACCAUGCGGGGUUUCAGCCAAUGAGCGGCGGGGGCGUGGCGCAGAGCUCGCGGCCUGGCACGGACGGCGGACGCGGCGCAGCUUGCAGCCCUGUGGAGCGGCCGUGGGCCCAUCCCAGCCUGGCACCAUGAACGUCUUCGAGCGCAGCAUCAACUUUGAUGCCCUCUUCAAGUUCUCCCACAUCUCAGCCUCCACCCAGGAGCACCUGAAGAGGGUCUAUGGCAGCUUUGCCAUCUGUAUGUUCGUGGCAGCUGCGGGCGCCUACAUCAACGUGGUGACCCACCUUUUCCAGUUUGGGCUCCUGACUGGCCUGGGCGCACUGGGGCUGAUGGUUUGGCUCACGGCCACCCCUCACAGCCGUGAGACCGAGCAGAAGAGGCUGGGGAUGCUGGUUGGCUUCGCCUUCCUCACGGGCAUCAAUCUGGGACCCCUCCUGCAAAUGUGCAUCUCCAUCAACCCCAGCAUCAUCCCCACUGCCUUCCUGGGCACUGCCACCAUCUUCGCCUGCUUCUCGCUGAGCGCCCUGUACGCCCGGCGCCGCAGCUACCUCUACCUAGGAGGUUUCCUGCUCUCUGGCCUCACCCUGAUGCUUCUCUCCUCUCUGAUUAACGCCUUUGUGAGAUCCACCUGGCUCUUCACGGCCAACCUGUACGUGGCUCUGAUGAUCAUGUGCGGCUUCGUGCUCUUCGACACGCAGCUCAUCAUUGAGAAGGCGGAGAGCGGGGACAAGGAUUACAUCUGGCACUGUGUUGAUCUCUUCCUCGACUUCAUCAACAUCUUCCGGGAGCUCCUGAUGAUCCUGGGCAUGGCCGAGAACAAGAAGAAGGAGAAGAAGUGAAGCGGCUCUGGGCCGAGGCGGAGCCACCCCUGUGUCCCCAUGUCCCCUCCUGUCCCUCUCUGUCAUUAAAGGGGCUGUGCUUUGCUGCUGAGGAAGCAGCCAGAAGCUUUCGCACCUCGUGGGUUUUUCUCUCGUUCAGCUUUUUUUUUUUUUUUUUUUUUUUUUUUUUUAAAUUAAAAACCAGCCAAUCUGUGGAUCCUGCUGGACUUUGGCUCCCCCUGGUUUCCCCCGGCCUGUGGCCCUUGGAGUGGUCACCCAUGUGUCCUCUUUCCUCGGAGGUUUGUCCAGCCCCACCUGGGGUGUUACCCUUCCCCGGGAGGCCGUGAGGCCCCAAAACCAGCCCCCGGGGGGUUGUUGGUGGGACCCCCCCCUCAGCCAAACUCAUUGGUGGAGCCUCCCCUUCAGCACCAGUGCCAAGAAACGAAGGUGUGCUGGGAGGGGGCCGUGGGGACACGGCAUUCCCAGCGCUCCCAGUCCCGCCAUCUCCGCUCUUUGUACACCGGGAUGAUUCAAUAAAUCGCUCAGACUCCAAACUCUC